AUGGGAGUUGUAAAGAAAUUUAAAAAGUUCUGUAACUGGGUCUUUUCUCGGAAAUCCGGGAAAACCCAGAAGAACCUAAUCGAGGGCGACCUCGAGCACCAGAGAUGUUCUGAUGGCGAAGCCGGACCAAGUAACGUCGCGUUCAUCUCUCACAUUCAUACCGGGGCUGGUGUUUCACCAAGCCCAGCACCACAGAAAGCGGAGAAGAAACUAAAGAGGUUCCGGAAAUGGUUUUCUCGGAAAUUCAAGAAAACCACAACCAGAGCCCCACAGACCCAGCUGAGCAGCCCACAGAAUCAGAGAUCCCAUAAUGGUGAAGCUGCGUGUGUGUCGCCGAGGCCGGUUCAGGACGAGCGGGUCAACAACAGGUGCGUGUCUAUCCAGACCCCUGUGAAGACCCCGUCAACAGAAACCGAACAGCCCGACACUGAAUGCUGGCACUUGUGUGUUUCUUCUCUGACCCCCGCGGAUAUCAGCCAGUCUGACCGCGCUUCAGUGCAAAGCUGGCAAUCUUGUGCGUCUUCGCUUGACCCCGCGGAGAAAAGCGAAUCUGACCGCGCAUCAGUGUUUAGUUGGCACUCUUGUGUGUCUUCGCUUGGCACCGAGGAGAUCAACGAAUCUGACCGCGCUUCAGUGCACAGCAGGCACUCUUGUGCGUCUUCGCUGACCGCUGACCACAACAACGAGGAAAACGCUUCCAGUGAGGACUCCAUAGAGUCGGAGGAAAGGACGCCUUCCUCAUCAGAUGACUAUUCUUGGAAGACAGAAGAGUACACCCCAUUUAAUAUGGAGGGAGCAGAUACCGGUAACAUCUACAAGGAAUAUCAAGUGGAUAAUGUUAUAGGUCAAGGAACAUUUGGAGUGGUCUCUGCUGGAGUUCGUCUGUCUGAUUCACGAAAGGUGGCAAUCAAAUAUGUGAGCAAGAGUCAUACAAGAAGAACCAUGACGAUUCUAUCAUCACAGAAGACUGUUCCACAAGAAGUCGGCUUGAUGUAUUUGAUAAGCAGAGGUCCUUACGUUCCUCAAAUAAUACAACCGCUGGAUUGGUUUGAGUCACGAACCCAAUACGUACUGGUGGUAGAGCGUCCCGAACCAUGUAUGGACCUGGACAGGUUUGUAAUGCAGCAUGGUUGGAAAAUCAGCGAAUCCCAAACACGAGUGGUGAUACGCCAGGUGGCCACUGCUGCAAAAGUAUGCUGUGAAAGGGGAGUCUACCACAGCGACAUCAAGAUGGAAAACCUGCUCAUCAACCCCCACACCUUGCAGGUCAAACUCAUCGACUUUGGUGCUGGAAGUGUCGUGACCAAAAAGGGCUACACAACAUUCCGUGGUACAAGAGUUUAUGCUCCUCCGGAAUUUGACAAAUGUGGCAGGAUGCAUGCCAAGACUGCAACGGUGUACUCUAUAGGAGUACUGUUGUUCAAGCUGCUUUGUGGACAUUUCCCUAAAAAAGAGCUCAGUAGGAUUGCCACCAGAACCUGGCAGCAUGACGACCUAUCCAAAGAAUGCAUCGACCUGAUCUGUUCGUGUUUGGAAAGUGAUCCAACCAAGCGGAUUCCACUUGAAAAGAUCCUCCUCCAUAACUGGUUCCAGGUUUUGAUCCUGAAGCCAAGCAACAGAAGAAACGAUUAA